AGCAUCCCCCGCCGCAUCCAGCGCGCCGCCCUCGUCGUCGUCGCCUUCGUCGCCACCAUAGUGCUCUCCUGGCGCUGGCUGCUGGGGCCGUACUGGCAGGAGCAGUCCGCCCUCUCCGACGCCUUCUCCGGCGAGCACAAGUACGGCGAAUACGGCUUGAACGCCCGCCCGGCCUUCUCGGAUAUGAUCCAAGUCAAGGAGCUGGACAGCGCCCUGCUGCCGACCACGCAGUCGGACAAGCAGCGCCUCGUCUUCGUGGGCGACGUGCACGGCUGCAAGGCCGAGCUCGUCGAGCUCCUCCACCAAAUCGAAUUCCUCGCCUCGACCGACCACCUCAUCCUCACAGGGGACAUGAUAGCAAAAGGCCCGGACUCGCCCGGCGUCGUCGACCUCGCACGGGACCUGCGCGCGUCGUGCGUGCGCGGCAACCACGAAGACCGCGUGCUGCUCGCGCGUCGCGCACUCGUAGCAGCUGAGCGCGACCUCCACGACAACCGCGUCAGUAUGAGCCAGGACGAGGGCGAGCACGCGGGCGGCGCCGCGGACAAAGAUGCCGCCCGCGCGUUCAACGACAAGCAGGUCGCGUGGCUCGAGCAGUGCCCUGUCAUGCUGCGCGUGGGUCGGCUCGCGGGCAUGGGCGAGGUGGUGGUUGCGCACGCGGGCAUCGUGCCCGGUGUUAGUCUGAGCAGGCAGGACCCGUACCUCGUUAUGAAUAUGCGCUCGAUUGAUCUCGAAACCAAGGUGCCCAGCGAGGGCCGCGACGGCACGCCCUGGGAGAAGUACUGGAACUUCUACCAAAAGCGCCAGCCCGCCUCCGCGCGCAGCACCAUCGUCUACGGGCACGACUCGAAGCGCGGCCUCAAUCUCCGCGAGUGGUCCAAGGGGCUGGACUCGGGUUGCGUGCGCGGCGGCGCGCUGUCGGCGCUUGUCGUCGAG